UCCUAUUCAUAUUCCAUUCUUUUUUUGAAAAUGUUUCUGAAGUCUUUGGUGCAUUUGUUAUACACCGUAAGCAUAGUCAGCGGGUAUGAAAACUUAAGUCGAAGAAAUACGACAUUCGUGUCACAGAGUUCAGACUAUACCAAUAGAUAUGCUAAAUAUGGAAUAGAUGGGAACACAACACGAAAGGAAAAUUCUUGUGCCCACACAGCUGUUAACAAAUCGGAGGCUUGGUUUCAAGUUGAUUUAGGAGAACCUUUUAGUCUUCAAACAAUAAGGAUAGUUUACAGAGAUGAAGGAAUAGGUAAUUGGAGGCCAUAUCGAUUUCGAUAUUUUUAUCUUGAUGUAUCCAAUUCUUCUAUAAAAGGAUCGUCAGAAACUGAGAGGAUCAGAUGUUACAAGGACAAUACAACGCUCCCCAGUAUACCUCCAAGCAUAAUUAAUGUUGCAGCAUCAAAUGUAAUGGAGAAUGUGGGACGACCGGAUACUGUGAUGAGUGCAAUACAUAUCUUUGGGGGGAUAACUGUAAUCAUACCUGUCUAG